AUGGAGAACAGAGUCGACGGCGACGGCUUGAGCAAUGGAAGAGCUGUUAAUAGAGAAUCUAUACACAGUGCUCCAAGCUACCUCGUCGAGGUAAAAGCAGAGAACAUCAUCCUGAUCGAAACCAGGAAGAUGUUUCGCCGGUUUCGCCGGUGGCUGCCCUGCUGUACCACUGGGGAGGGGAGAGAGGCAGACGAGCCGCCGGAGGAGAAGACCGCCCCUGGCCACCCACUGGACAGCACGGAGGAGCCAGCAUUAGCUACAACAGCGGCGUCACCAGCCACGUCGCACACUGCAACACUGCAGGUAUCGCCAGCCACGUUGCCGGACACAGGAGGAGAGCCAGCAGAAGCCACAAGAGAAGAGGCGUCUCCACCCGCGUCACCAUCCACAGUACCACUUGAACGACCAGCUGCUCCACAAGUGGUUGCACCAGCCGUGUCACCAGCCACAACAGGAGUGGCCAAGGAGGCCACAACACAACUGGAGUCUCCAGUCGUAUUGCCAUCCACAACACAACUUGAACCAGCAGCUCCAACACACGUGGCAUCUCCCGCCACGUCCCCAUCUACAACACAUGUCUCAUCAGGCAUGACACAAGUGACGUCAGCACCUACAAUUGAAGUGGCGUUGCCACCCACAACAAGAGCAAUUCUUCGAGCCUCAUCGCCAGGCACAACAGAAGUUACUUCAUCAGCAGCCUAUCUAACCACAAAACGUGUAGCCUCAUUACCUUUAGAGCAGUUGGUGUCCAAAGCAUCGCCGUCAGCCUCCACACAAAUAGCAUCCGUCAUCCCCAUUGCCUGCUACAGCAUGCAUCCUAUCACCAGUCCUGUUGCCAGAUACAACACCCAUCAAGGCACCAAUCUUGUUGCCAGAUACAGCACACGCUGUGCCACCAGUCCUGCUGCCAGACACAACACGCGUUCUGUCACCAGUCCUGCUGCCAGCUACAAUAUGAUUCGCGUCUCAAGAUUCUGA